GGACAAUGGACAUUUUAACGACACACAUGUAGAUCAAGGACACAUGAACUAGAGUAGGAGAGACAAAGGAAGAUGAGUAUCUUGUCAGGGAAAGCAGCUGGUCAUGAUCUCUUUGUCUAUGGCAGUCUCCAAGAUCCCCAAGUCGUUAACGUGCUGCUUAAUCGCGUCCCUGACCAUAGCUCCGCCGUACUCUCCUGCUUUCACAGGUUUAAAAUCAAGAAUCGUCUUUAUCCAACAAUUCUACCGGACGGUAACGGACAAGUCACCGGAAAGGUGCUAAAGGGCAUAACAGAUGACGAGCGUAAGUUGUUAGAUGAUUUUGAGGAUGUUGAAUAUGACAGAAAGGCUGUUGAAGUGGUGCUUACGGGUACUUCAGAGAAGCUACAAGUGGGAACAUAUGUAUGGAGGAACAAAGAUGAUCCUGAUCUUUAUGGCGAAUGGGACUUUGAGGAAUGGAAACUACAUGACAGGGAAGCUUUCAUAACCGCCACAAAGAAGUUUAUGGAAGAGCGGAAAUUGCCUGAAGCUAAGACGAGGAUCGACACAUUCAAAACGUUCUUUAAGCAGGAUGAUACUGAGGAUGGGAAACCUCUGCAUUCGUAAUGACUUGUGGUUCUUACGGUGAGGCCAUUGCUUCACCUUCAUUUGAAAUAAGACUUGUGGAAACAUGAUUGUGAUAAAACUCAAGUGAAACUACUAGAGAGAUUGCCUUGCAUGAUCAUAUAAUCCCAAGUAACAUCUUAUGAUUUGUAAUUUCAUUGAAAAGUGACUUCUCUUUUAUUUUUUUA